CUCCUUGGAAACGUACAAUAGAGGACGUUUACAAAGCACUGCCCUGCCCACUUUUAUCUGCCACUAUGCCAGGAAAAUCAGUCCUCUAGCUGUUCACAUUGUAGGAAGUACAGAGUCAACUGUGGCAUGGAGGCAGACUCACGACCGGGGAUCUGAACUAAGCUACUGUUUUCAUUUAAACAUUACAAAACAAGGUGAGCUAGAUUUUUAAAGUUUGUCUACGGCAUUGCCUCUGUAAAAGGUACUGAUCUGCUUAGUUAAGGUUUGAUAUGAGAGGGAGAAUAGAUACGUCUCUUUGAAAGUAACUACAAGAGGUCAAGGAGCUGGUAGCAUUUACGUGCUUCCUUAUUGUGUACGCAGUCAUGUAGUUCGGUGGAAAUGUGUUGAAUACGAGCUCCCGACAAAGGCAACAUGAUUAAAAUAUUAUUUCCAUAGCAUAGCACAGAUAAAGGAAAAUCAGACAAUUUUACUGAUACAGGCAUUGUAGUGUCACUCUACUUUGGUGUCCAUGUUUUGUUUCCUGUUCAGGACUUAAUAGUCAUGGAUACAAAGUCUGCCGGCCUGGCUUGUUGCAUUCUUGCUUUCACUUGUGCUAUGGGACAAACACAAAAUGGGAUCUCGACCAUCACACCUCCAUCAGCAACUUCUGACUCAAACCUGACACUUGUUACUACUGUGCCAACAUCGUCUAACUCUACUGUAAGUGUUACCUCUGACAUGACUGAGAACUCAACACAAUAUACCAGCACCACCACGGAUGGUGGACUUCUAUCCAACACCACGGUGGUCACAGCCGAGAGCACAAGUCAGCCAGAGACUUCUCUGUCAACAACCACCUCGACUCCUCACACAAAUAGUACGUCACUGACGAGCCUCACGACACCUAGCGCUCCAACUCCAACAUUCACCAAUGCGACUGUGCCAACAGUCAGCUCCACAGUAGGUAACAUAAGUACACCUGAUAGUCCAGUUACAGCUACUGAGAAUUCAUCUCAUCCUGUCAAUACAACCUCAGGUUCAGUGAGUACAACUAAACCAGGUUUGGGCCUUAACAUUUCUGAAAAGUACAUAACCAUAGUCUUGAGUGCCACGCUUGGAGUGUUUAUCGUGACAAUGGUUAUGUUCAUGCUUCACAAAUACAAACAGAAAAUCCAAUUCUUGCAUCAGCCUCUUAACAACACAGACGACAGAGGAGAUACUUUUGUGGCAGAUGAUGACGUCCUUGUCAUUUCUGGAGGACUUUAUGACGGCCAUCCAAUCUAUGACAACAUACCUUCAGCUCCUGAAAACCAGUCACAAUUUCGCCUUGAGUUCCUCUGAAGAGUUUCUACAGUUUCUAAUGUCUUCUCUGGUAUUUGUCAGGCCCAGAAAAGCAGUUUUCACUGUCCAUCAUGAAGUAUAACUGAAAGGCUGAACUAUUACCCAUGUGAAAGUAGACGUACAAUAAGAAGAUGAUGAUGAUGAUGAUAAUGGCCAGAACAUUCAAACAAGGACAAUACUGCCUGAUCCGAACUUUGCAUUUACUUGUAGAAUUCUCAAAACUGGAACACAUGUAUUUAAUUAGCAAAACAAAAUGAACUUGUGUGGAAUGAACUUAUGAACUCAUUUCAUCAGAACACCAUUAAAAGUUAAUCCAUACAACGGCACUACAGCAAACAGAAUUUCAUGCAGAGUAUGUGAAGCUCAAAACUGAACCAAAAACCUGAAAAGAACUUGGAAUAUUAAGUUGAAUAAUAAGUUGAAAUGUAAACACUGAAAUCGUUGUUGUGCAGAAGCUGAUCUCCCUCACAGAAAUAAUAGCUAUGCAUGUUAACGAAGAAAUGAUUAAUGUUUUUGUAUGUUUUUUGAACAUUAAACCAUUAAGAUCAA